AUGAAAGACAAUGUGCAACAUCUGUCUACAUAUGGAAUGAUUCAUCGUCAAUCCAAUCUUUUUUCUCGUAUUUCUCCUCCCGCAAACUCUAGAUAUGUCAACGGAGGAUUGCGGAAUAUUCCAUCGCCAUCAUUCAGAGGAACCGGUAUGGAACCGAUUUCCCGUUUCCUUAUACAAGCACCGGCGGAAAAAGAAAACGGGUUUUCGGGUUUUAUGGUGGAUUUUCUAAUGGGAGGGGUUUCCGGUGCAGUAUCAAAGACUGCGGCUGCUCCGAUCGAGCGAGUCAAACUGUUGAUCCAAAACCAAGACGAGUUGAUCAGAGCUCGUCGGUUGUCUGAACCGUACAAGGGAAUUUCCGACUGCUUUGCAAGAACUGUUAAGGAUGAAGUGAUAUAUUGUGAGUGUUUGCAGGCGUUCAACUUUGCUUUCAAAGAUUACUUCAAGAGACUUUUUAACUUCAAGAAAGACAGAGACGGAUAUUGGAAGUGGUUCGCCGGAAAUUUAGCAUCUGGUAGUGCCGCUGGUGCUUCGUCUCAACUAUUUGUUUACUCGAUCGACUAUGCUCGAACCCGUUUGGCAAAUGAUUCCAAGGCUGCAAAAAAGGGCGGUGAAAGGCAGUUUAACGGUUUAAUCGAUGUUUAUCGAAAAACAAUUAAAUCUGAUGGUAUUGCUGGACUUUACCGUGGAUUUAACAUUUCUGUCGUUGGAAUUAUAGUCUACCGCGGCCUUUAUUUCGGAAUGUACGAUUCCCUCAAACCCGUUGUCCUAAUCGGUACACUUGAGGAUAGUUUCUUGGCUAGUUUUAUGCUGGGAUGGGGUAUAACUAUCGGUGCUGGAUUGGUUUCUUACCCAAUCGACACGGUUCGUAGAAGAAUGAUGAUGACUUCAGGCGAAGCAGUCAAAUAUAAGAGCUCGAUCGACGCAUUUUCACAAAUCAUUAAGAAAGAAGGAACUAAGUCGCUAUUUAAGGGCGCUGGAGCAAAUAUCUUAAGAGCCGUCGCAGGUGCCGGUGUGCUUGCUGGCUAUGACAAAUUGCAGGUUAUCAUGUUUGGCAAGAAAUAUUGAUCUGAAGGUUCUCGUUAGAACCAAAAAAAAAUGGUGAUAUGAUUACGAUAAUGGCGACUAAAUUGACGUUUGUUUGAGUGCGUUUUUUUCGGAAUAAUGUUUUGAUGAUUGGUGUUUAUAGAUUUGGUGCAAAUUUAUGUUGGGAAAUGUAUAGGUAGAACUGAACUACAGUAAAACCUCGGUAAAAUAAUAGUUGAUAAAUUAAUAACCUCGCUUAAAUAAUAAUUUUUUUU